UUCAACUGAGCAUCUUUUGUUUUAUAACGUAAACAAGUUAGAAGACGCCACCUCUUCAUAGGGGCAGAAAAAUAAAGAGUUAUUAAAAGUCCUAGGUAUAAUUCAGUAAAAAGGACGGACGAUAUUACUCUCUACGCAGAAAUAUUGCGUGAAUAUCGAGUUUAUAUUAUCACCUAGUGUGGAACAGCGACUCUAGCUAACUUUACAACGUGACAAGCGCAAUAUCAACAUUGUCAUAGCUUCAAAAAAACGAAAGAAUUUAAUAGUUUGUGCUUUUAAGAUAAAAUGCCGCUUUUGGGAGAUCACAAGAUCUUGCGUAUUUUGCUCAUUGUCCUUUCUCAGUUAGCUUACAUUGCUACUUUGAUUGUCAAUGCGCUCGCGGGAUCAGGAAAAGGUCCAUUCCAGCGCAGCACUGGAAAUAUAUCAGACAGAUAUUGGACAGAGAUCACUCCUGCAGGAUGGACCUUCUCUGUAUGGGGAGUCAUAUAUUCCUGGCUCUUCCUGAUGAACGUGUAUAUCCUAACUUCGUUCUGUAGAGGGUUGUACUCAAGUCCAGCAAUCCUGCCCUCUGAAUUCUUUCUCUCAUGGAUCAUCAACAUGAUUCUGAACAGCAUCUGGCUAGUCUUGUGGGAUAGAGAAUUGAUGAUCCCGGCACUGAUUGUUCUUGCCCUGAUUGCUUUCACCAACUACCUGCUGAUCUUCUUCUCUUGUAUUGGUUUACGGACUCAUGGAUCUUGGCUGAAACAGCACCACCCAAAAGAACUUAUCUGCAUCAUAGUGUUGGUUCAAAAUGGUAUUGCCACCUAUGCAACAUGGACAACCAUUGCCACACUGCUCAACUUCACUGUUGUGUUGAGCAUCGCAUCAGUUUCCCCAACAAAUGCUGCUACCGCUUCUUUAUGCAUACUUCUUUUGGAAGUAAUUAUAUGGUUUACAGUUGAAAACUUUCUAAUAGAGAAGCAUGUCCGUUACAUCCUUACCAUUUACCCUGUGAUUAUCUAUGCUCUAAUUGGAAGCCUGAGCAAGCAUUACGACGCAGAUGCACCAGGCCGGAACGCAGUCUUUUCAGUGGUGCUCCUUGUGUUGGCCUGUAUUGUGUUAGUGGUGCGGGUGGGUCUGGUGGUUUGGAGACACAGGACUCGGCCUCAUUUCUGUGAAGUUCUGUGAACCCUGAGGUGCUGAUGUCACCAAACAGCGGCACUGAUAAGUAACCAAAUAUCAUAAGCACAUGUGUUUCACAUGAAAUAUGAAAGAUGACGUGCCCUGAAUGAUAACCCUUCCAGGUGUGCAGUACCUGCAUGAAUGUGUUUCAGCUGGGGCAGGUGCUUUGAAAGAAAAUUUGCAUGAAACUGUAGCAAUUUUGUAUUCUGAGCUUGAGCCUGGCCAUAUCUAGGAUACUAAUUGUGCCUUACAUUAUGAGGUAUUCUGCUCUGUAUUAUACACUACCAUUCAAAAGUUUGGAGUUGAUAAGAUUUUUGAAUGUUUCUGAAAGAAGUGUCUCUGCAUUUAUUUGAUCAAAGCACACUAACAACAGUAAUAUUGUGAAAUAUUAUUACAAUAU